AUGAUUGAAAUUCCACAGUUCAACUUGGUUGUUAAAGCGAUGACUUUAAACUUGCAGAUGUCCAGAAUCGAUAGAAUCAAUAAUUUAUUGAAUGAUCCCAUAUUCGCAGCGAAAACAAAGAAAGAUGAAGAGAUGCUUCUCGAGACGAUAAAGACAUCUCACCGCCUUGUCAAGUACAUGAAGAUCAGCAUAGUACUGGCUGGAGCGUUCUGGUCGACAUCCCUGUUAGCUAAGAGAUACCAAGACCCAACGGCAGUAGUAUACAUUUACACUCCUUUUGAUACUGUUUCUUGGACUGGAUAUUUCUUCUCUGUGAUGAUGGAAAUCCUACCACUACCAUGGAUUGGGUGCGGCCACUUGGCAAUCGACUGCCUCAUAGCAACGUAUUAUGCACAGGCAGAAGUUCAGCUGAAGAUCAUCAAGUAUAAUUUAGAGCAUUUGUUCGAUGCCGACGGUGGAAUGGACGGGGCGUUUUACAGAGGACGUAUUUUUUAUAUGGAUGAGCUGGAUCGAGACCUUAGGACCCGUUUCGUACAUUAUUUUGAGAGAUAUGAAGCCGUGGCCUGGUAUACUAAGGAAGUGAGUGAUAUAUUUAACCACGCCCUGGGAUUUGAAUUCUUCAGCUCCUCUGCUGUGCUGUGUAUGGUUACAUUCAAGAUGAGUUACACUCCAAUGUUCUCGUUGGCGUUUGCGUUCUUCACGGUGAUGCUCGGUGUACUGCUGAUGCAAGUGUUCCUUUACUGCUAUUUUGGCAACAUGGUGCAAUAUGAAAGUGAUUCCAUAAUGACGUCGGUGUACCUCAGUGACUGGCUGUCAGCGUCUCCACAAUUCCGUCGCGACCUCCUCGUCGCCAUGUUACGCUGGUCCAAGGAUAUCACUCCUCGAGUGUCCGGGAUCAUUCCUUUGUCACUCGCCACUUAUGUUUCGGUUCUCAAGUCAGCCUACAGCUUGUUUGCGGUUCUCAGUACGAAACAUUGA